AUGAGUGCAAAGACGACUAAGAAUUAUCUGUAUCCCUCUGUCACGCCCACCACCCUACUCCCUACGCCCACCACCCUACACCCUACUCCCACCACCCUACUCCCUACGCCCACCGCCCUACUCCCCACGCCCACCACCCUACUCCCCACGCCCACCGCCCUCCUCCCCACACCCACCGCCCUCCUCCCUACACCCACCGCCCUCCUCCCUACGCCCACCACCCUACUCCCUACACCCACCACCCUACUCCCUACACCCACCACCCUACUCCCCACGCCCACCACCCUACUCCCCACACCCACCACCCUACUCCCCACGCCCACCACCCUACUCCCCACGCCCACCACCCUACUCCCUACUCCCACCACCCUCCUCCCUACGCCCACCACCCUACUCCCUACACCCACCACCCUACGCCCACUACCCUACUCCCUACGCCCACCACCCUCCUCCCUACGCCCACCACCCUACGCCCACCGCCCUCCUCCCUACACCCACCGCCCUCCUCCCUACGCCCACCACCCUACUCCCUACACCCACCACCCUACUCCCUACACCCACCACCCUACUCCCCACGCCCACCACCCUACUCCCCACACCCACCACCCUACUCCCCACGCCCACCACCCUACUCCCUACUCCCACCACCCUCCUCCCUACGCCCACCGCCCUACUCCCCACGCCCACCACCCUACUCCCCACGCCCACCGCCCUCCUCCCUACACCCACCGCCCUACUCCCUACGCCCACCACCCUACUCCCUACGCCCACCACCCUACUCCCUACACCCACCACCCUCCUCCCCACGCCCACCACCCUACUCCCUACACCCACCACCCUACUCCCUACGAUUACUUGAAGUACCCGUGGAGUCCUUUGUGGGAGGUGUUGUGGGAGUUUGGGGUACCAGGGUCUCUGCUGCGAGUCAUUGGGUCUCUAUACAACCGCUGUGAGAGCUGUGUUUACAUCCUCUGA